CUCAGCUUUUCCCUCCGCAGCAGCUUCUUGUCGACAUGAUGUCAGAUUUCGAGGAGUUUGAGAAACAGCUGAGCGAGAACCGACAAGUUCGGAUGGUUCCGUGCGGGUCCGGGGCCAUCCGAGCCGGUGAUGAGGUCCAGACCGCAUCCAUCAUUUCCAGGCUGCCGCUCAGCUGCAGGGGGAGAGCCAGCAACACAUGAUUAUUAUUACAUUCAUCCAUAACAGGAGAGCAAAAGCUUCAUUUUUUUCUAAUCUGCAUCCACUCAUAUGCAAAAUGUCAUAUUAUUUUAUUUUUUAUUGUUGCAAUUAUUCAGUCACGUACAUGUUUAAUUAGCAGGUUUCUGGAUGUACUUCAUCCAGAGUAGAAAUAAAUGUGCUCAAGUAACAAUAAAAAAUAGUAAUCCAUUAAAUUACUCCAGUAAGAGGAAAUGUUAAGUCAAAAGUCUUCUAAGUACUGAGUAAUAGAUCAUAACAUCUGAUUUAAUGCUUAACCACGUUAAAAAUAUUAAGUUAGCUGGAGAUUCUGAUAUUUUAAGGACUAAAAAAUAAAAUAACAUAAUUCUAAAUUAAAUUCAGGCAGAAGAAAUGCUUUUUCUACAUGUAUUAAACUUUACAAUAUUAUAUUACCUAUUGUAAAGUAUUUCUAAUCUCUAUAUCUACUAUUUACUUUAUCUUUCUGUAAAAAUGUGAGUCUCACUCAAGCCUGUUUUAUUUAUAAAGUUUCUCAAAGUGGGAACAGUAAUCAGAAAUUUGACUUUAGAGCAGCAAUAAUAAGGCAACUAUUGUACAAGUAAAAGGAACUGUUGUGUCUUUACUCCAACAUAGUAUAAUUAAAUAAAGGAUUCAACUCAGAGGUACAAAUGAACCUGACUUUACUGAUCUCCACUUCAGUCUCAAUGUUACAUAUCAAUGCACUGGCGGAUAACCUCCAGGUAAACUCAGAGUGGUUCCGCUGAAGUAAAUAGAUCCACUUCAUAGGUACAGUGUGGUAAAACUACUAUUGUUUUAAAAGUACUACUGAGUAAAGGUUCUUAGUUAACUCUCAUCUCUGGUUUAAUCCUGACAAACUCUAUAUUUUGCAACUUUUCAGACAGAAUUAUUGUAUCGGCUAAAACUGGAGUCAGUAGGUUGGGUUUUUAAAGAUCGGUCAGAAAACUGCUCUGUGUUUAAUGGAGGAUGGUUCUCUGUCCACAGAGAGGGAGAGGGAGCGGCACAGGAAGCGGAGUCGCAGCGGGUCUGCAGGCCGCGGCGACAAGCAUCGCAGCUGGAGCAAAGACAGAGGGAGCCGCAGCCGGGAGAAGAGGAGCCGCAGCCGGGACCGGAAGAGCCGGGACCGCCGCAGCUCCUCCAGGGAGCACAAGAAGCACAGCCGCUCACCGAGGAGAACGAGAAAGAAAAAGACGUGUAAAUACUGGGAUGUUCCUCCUCCGGGUUUUGAGCACAUCACACCGAUGCAAUACAAAGCUAUGCAAGCGGCGGGUCAGAUCCCCACCAUCGCUCUGCUGGCUACCGCUGCCACCACCGGAGUGGCUGCUGCGCCCGCGCAAGUUCCCAUCGUCGGCAGUCAGAUGACGAGACAAGCCAGGCGGCUGUAUGUCGGGAAUAUCCCCUUUGGCGUGACGGAGGAGUCGAUGGCAGAGUUCUUCAACGCUCAGAUGCGUCUGGCAGGCCUUUCACAGGCGCCGAGCAACCCGGUUCUGGCUGUCCAGAUCAAUCAGGACAAAAACUUUGCUUUCCUGGAGUUCCGGUCGGUGGACGAGACAACGCAGGCCAUGGCCUUUGACGGGAUCAUCUUCCAGGGUCAGUCGCUGAAGAUCCGACGGCCUCAUGACUAUCGGCCCUUACCUGGAAUCUCGGAGCAGCCGGCCUUCCAUGUCCCAGGCGUCGUCUCCACAGUCGUUCCUGACUCGCCUCAUAAGCUUUUCAUCGGAGGCCUUCCUAAUUACCUUAACGACGACCAGGUGAAGGAGCUGCUGAUGUCGUUCGGGCCGCUCAAAGCCUUCAACCUGGUGAAGGACAGCGCCACAUCGCUGUCUAAAGGUUACGCCUUCUGCGAAUACGUCGACAUCAGCGCCACCGACCAGGCGGUCGCCGGGCUCAACGGGAUGCAGCUGGGCGACAAAAAGCUCAUCGUCCAGAGGGCCAGCGUGGGCGCCAAGAACGCUAAUCCUACCUCCAUCAUCGAGACGCCGGUGACGCUGCAGGUGCCGGGGCUCCAGCGGCUGCAGAACUCCGGCCUGCCCACUGAGGUGCUGUGCCUUCUCAACAUGGUGAUGCCAGAGGAACUGGUGGACGACGACGACUACGAGGAGAUCCUGGAGGACAUCCGCGAGGAAUGCUGCAAGUACGGCAACGUCCGCUCCAUCGAGAUCCCCCGGCCCGUCGACGGCGUGGAAGUCCCUGGCUGUGGAAAGAUCUUUGUAGAGUACGUUUCUCCUGCAGACUGUCAGAAAGCCAUGCAGGCCCUGACCGGCCGUAAGUUUGCUAACCGGGUGGUUGUGACCAAAUACUACGACCCGGACAUGUACCACCGACACGAGUUCUGAUCCACUGGUCAGCCUGCUUCCUGUUCCUCCUCUGGAGGGAAGCUGGAACCGUCACUGUGUCAUCGUCCUCUGGACCCGGAGCACCACAGAGACGCUCCAGAACCUCAGACUAAUUCAUCCGGAUUAAACGCAGAGUGGUGUUUCCAUGGAAUCUGGAUUAAUCUGGGAUUACAGUCAGGAAAGUUUUAGGUCUGGAAAACAAAAUCAGAAAACUUUGGAAAUUAUAUUUUUCAAGACAUUUUCCAUCAUGUCUGUCCUGCUGUCUGUUUCCUUCAUUGUGUCCAUUAUUUAUCAUUUCUUUACUCACAUCCUUCACUCCUUCACACUUUUCUUCCUUCCUUUCUUUUUUCCAUCUAUCCGUCCAUCCUGACUGUUCUAGAAAUAUCGACUUUGAAAAAAUUGUGAACUUUUGUACUUAUAUUGUAAUUCUGGAUAAAAUUGAGAAUUCUGGGAAUUUGAUCCUGGAAAAGUCCUGAUGAUGAUGAUGAUGAUGAUGAUGGUGGUGAUGAUAAUGAUGAUGGUGAUGAUAAUGAUGGUGGUGAUGAUAAUGAUGAUGGUGAUGAUAAUGAUGGUGGUGAUGAUAAUGAUGAUGGUGAUGAUAAUGAUGGUGGUGAUGAUGAUGUUAAUGACGGUUAUGAUGAUGAUGAUGAUGGUGGUGAUGAUGAUGAUGGUGAUGAUGAUGGUGAUGAUGGUGGUGAUGAUGUUAAUGACGGUUAUGAUGAUGAUGGUGGUGAUGAUGAUGAUGGUGGUGAUGAUGAUGAUGGUAAUGAUGGUGAUGAUGAUGUUAAUGAAGGUUAUGAUGAUGAUGAUGGUGGUGAUGAUGAUGGUAAUGAUGAUGGUGGUGAUGAUGAUGAUGAUGAUGAUGGUAAUGAUGAUGGUUAUGAUGAUGAUGGUGGUGAUGAUGAUGAUGGUAAUGACGAUGAUUAUGAUGGUGGUGGUGAUGUUGAUGAUGAUGGUGAUGAUGAUGAUGGUGAUGAUGGUGGUGAUGAUGAUGUUAAUGAAGGUUAUGAUGAUGAUGAUGAUGGUGGUGAUGAUGAUGGUAAUGAUGAUGGUGGUGAUGAUGAUGAUGAUGGUAAUGAUGAUGAUGAUGGUAAUGAUGAUGGUGGUGAUGAUAAUGGUGAUGAUGGUGGUGAUGAUGAUGAUGGUGAUGAUGAUGAUGAUGGUGGUGAUGAUGAUGGUAAUGAUGAUGGUGGUGAUGAUGAUGAUGAUGGUAAUGAUGAUGAUGAUGGUAAUGAUGAUGGUGGUGAUGAUAAUGGUGAUGGUGAUGAUGAUGGUGGUGAUGAUGAUGAUGAUGAUGGUGAUGUUAAUGACGGUUAUGAUGAUGAUGGUGGUGAUGAUGAUGGUAAUGAUGAUGGUGGUGAUGAUGAUGAUGAUGAUGAUGGUAAUGAUGAUGAUGAUGGUAAUGAUGAUGGUGGUGAUGAUAAUGGUGAUGGUGAUGAUGAUGGUGGUGAUGAUAAUGGUGAUGAUGAUGUUGAUCCUGGUGAUCCUGAGUCGUGUUUGCGGAGCAGCCAAUCAGAGCUGCGUAUUCAAUCCAAAUUCAAGCUGCCUGAGCGUCGCUGAGGAAAAACAAACUUUUCUUCGGUCUAGAUUUUCCUCCAGAGCUCAAAUAUUUAUUUAUUUAUUCUGCAUUUAAAAACCCAUCAUGAAAUGUUGCUGCAGAGAAAUAUUUAUUAAAUUUAUAAACUAAAUAUAUCCUGCUUUUUGCUCCAGAUGUUAUUAUUCCUUUAAACUCUACUGUGCAGGUUUGCUGCUAAAGUAAAUUAUGUAAAUAUGAAACAUUAGUCUGGAAAUGAAAGCACACAAACUUCAAGCUGCUCCAGUUACCCAGAUGGAAACUUGACCGUUUGCUGAACCUUUUUUAUUUAAGAUCCUUCAACAUAAAUGUUUAAGUUAGGGUUCUUACCCUUAUGAAGUAUUAUAUUUACAUGUAUUUAAUAUAUUUUAUUAUUUUAUAAGUCACAUCUGACCAUCAGUGGAUCUACAGACCGUGUAUAUUUAGCUGCCACCAGUAGGGGGCACCAGAGCACAUAAAGAGUGAAGGUUUAACAAAUGGUCAAUUUUAGUGUAUUACACAAUUUUCCUAAAUUUUUAAACAGUGAAGAACUUUAAAAACAGUUAAACACAUGUUUAGAGUAGCACCUUUCUAGAUUUGUAGAAGAUGCACCGAAUAAUUCACAGUUUACCGUUUUAAUGCUGUUUCAUCCUGAAAUGACUUCAGUAUAUUUAAAAUAUUCUGCUUUGAAAUAAAAGACACCUGAGCAAACAUUGUCUUGGAUAAACAGAAUAACUUCUGUUUCUGUGUAAAUUUGUGUUUUAUUGUGUGAAUCAAACAUAUCAGCUGGUUUGAAGCAGCUAAUGUGUGUUUUAUAUGCGACUCGGACGGCCAAAAAUGUAAAGGAAGAGGAAAGUUUUUAGUUUCUAUAACCUGCCACUGCCAUUGCCUCGAAUAAAUGCUUGUCUCCCUA